AUGAUGCACCGUGCUACGAUUGUCGGCGUCGUCGCGCUGAUCGGCUGCCUCCUCGCCGGCGGCGGGGCUCGAGCGCAGCAGCAGCAGCGGUUUGACUACCCCGCGGCGAGGCUCGCCACGACCUGGGCCAACACGGACGCCGGCCUGCCGCACCACGUGACCUACAUCGACGGCUCCGUGGCGCGCGUGGCCCUGCUGCGGCUCAACCCGGCCGGCUUCGGCCCCUCCUACGCCUUCGGCUUCUUCUGCACGCCGACUUCCUCCUCGGCGUCGCCGUCGUGUGUCGUCUGGUCGGCCAACCGCGCCAGCCCCGUGGGCGAGGGCGCCGCCGCGGAGCUCACGGCCGAGGGCGACCUGGUACUCAGGUCCGCCAACGGCUCGGCGGUGUGGUUCGCCGGCACCAAGGGCCGGUCCGUCGCCGGGGUGACCAUCGGCAGCGACGGCAACCUCGUGCUGCUCGACGGGCGCAACGCCACCGUGUGGCAGUCGUUCGACCACCUCGCGGACGCGCUGCUCGUCGGGCAGUCGCUCAAGCACGGCGCGCGGCUCACCGCCAACACGUCAACGGCUGACUUGCGCGACGGCAGGCUCUACCUCGCCGUCGAGGACGACGCCCUGAGCGCAUACAUCAAUGCCACGCCGCCUCAGCGCUACUACCACCUCGGCUUCGGCGAGACCGCGGCCGGCGCCUACGCGACGUACACCAACGGCAGCCUCACUGUGUCCGCCCGGCCCGGAGCGCCAGCCCUGGCCACCAUCCAGCUGCCCACCGUCGGCACCGGCACGGUGCAGUACAUGAGGCUGGAGCACGACGGCCACCUUCGGCUCUACGAGUGGCGCUCCGGCUCGGGCUGGGCGCCGGUGUUCGACGUGCUGCGCCUCUUCCCGGACGGCGGGUGCGCGUACCCAACCGUCUGCGGCGCGUACGGCGUGUGCACGGACGACACGCAGUGCAGCUGCCCCGACGCGGCCAACUUCCGGAGGCCCAACCGCGGCUGCGUCCCGACGAAUCCACCGCCGACGUCAUGCGGCUCAUCAUCGCCGGGGCGGCGCGCGCAGCACCGGCUGGUGUCGCUGCCGGGCACGGGCUACUUCAACGACCAUGCAACGAGCCUGCACGCCGUGGAGAGGGUGAGCGAAGAGGCGUGCCUGGACGACUGCGCGUGCGCCGCGGCGCAGUUCUACUACGGCCCGGACGCCGGCGACGGGUUCUGCUACCUGCAGUCGGAGGUGUUGUCGCUGCAGACGGUACGGCCGGAGGAGGUGCACUACAACUCCACCAUGCAUAUCAAGGUGCAGGCCAAGUCAGGCAGGAUCUGA